GCUCAUAGUUUGUUCCUGACCUGCCUCUAAUGUUGGCUCUAUUUCUGGAGGCACCAUUUGAAAUUGUAUCUACUGUGCCCAUGUUUGCAUACACAGAACAUCGGAUGGUUAAGAAAGUAGGAGUGUGACUGAGCUGCUGUGGACUCUAUACCCCGACAGUGUCCAUGUUGGUGCAGGAGCUUGAGGCCUGCUUCCAUACAUCCCUGCUCUGGCUUUGUUGAUCCUAUUGUUUUUUGCGUCACCCACACGUCGCCCGGAAAAUAAAGGCCGUCUGGCUCCAAGCUUAAAUAUUGCGGCAAACUAAAAACCAACCAUCAGAGCCGAUUCAUUUACAUCUGCUCAGUGGGGCGACAAGGACAGGGCUUUAGGUGGGAAAGAGGGCAGAAAAAAGUUCACUCUCCCCUGCCGGGUGCCAAGAGAACGGGACAGGACUCAACUUUGCCGGAGCCGCAGCUGUGGCAAGUUGCCCAUUUGGUUGCCUUUUAUUCUUUAGUAGGGGACUUUUUGUUACCUACUGAUCUCUCAAUCUACCAUUGCUUUUACUAGAAUGUUGCCUUUGAGAGCUAUUGACAGCAAUGUAUAUUCAUGUCUUCAUUUUAGUAAAAAUUUAAUAGCCUACAGAGAGAUUUUGUAAGAACUUUAGAUUUACUUCAAAUCAGUUUAUUUCAUUGAUAUUUCUUAUUAUUAUUUAAAAUAGAAACUGAAAGUUUUCAGUUGACUGUUAAGACUUUUGCGAAGUUUCAGUUUGCUAAGUUUUUAAACUGAAAUGCAUGCAAUUAUUAGCAGCUAAUGUUUGAUGAACAAGAAUUUCAAAGUUGGAUUUGUCCUCUAAUGCAUUGCUUACCUUUGGGCCUCUCUUUCCCACUCCCACUGUGGAUCCUCCCUACCCCAUCCUCCCCGUGUGACUGCACCCUCUGUGUCCAUUCCUACCCCACCCUUCAUUCCGCAGUGCUACGGACCGACCAUGGGUGACUGGAGCUUUCUGGGUAACAUUUUAGAGGAAGUCAACGAGCACUCCACGGUGAUCGGCCGGGUGUGGCUCACAGUGCUGUUCAUCUUCCGUAUCCUCAUACUGGGCACAGCGGCAGAGUUCGUGUGGGGCGACGAGCAGUCCGACUAUGUUUGCAACACGCAACAGCCUGGAUGCGAGAAUGUGUGCUACGACGAGGCCUUCCCCAUCUCCCACAUCCGCCUGUGGGUGCUCCAGAUCAUCUUUGUGUCCACGCCGUCUCUGGUGUACGUCGGCCACGCUGUGCACCAUGUCCACAUGGAGGAGAAACGUAAGGAGCGAGAGGAGGCAGAGCUUAGCAGGCAACAGGAACUGAGCGAAGAGCGUCUGCCUCUGGCACCUGAUCAGGGAAGUGUCCGCACAACUAAGGAGACCAGCACCAAAGGCAGCAAGAAGUUUCGCCUGGAGGGCACCCUGCUGAGGACCUACAUUUGCCACAUUAUCUUCAAGACACUAUUUGAAGUGGGUUUUGUGGUAGGGCAGUACUUUCUUUAUGGCUUCCGCAUCCUGCCACUGUACAAAUGCAGCCGAUGGCCCUGCCCCAACACGGUGGACUGCUUUGUGUCUCGCCCUACGGAGAAGACUGUCUUCAUCAUCUUCAUGUUGGCUGUGGCCUGUGUCUCGCUCUUCCUCAACUUUGUGGAGAUCAGCCACUUGGGUCUGAAGAAAAUCCGCUUUGUCUUCCGUAAGCCAGCCCCAGCUCCAGCCCAAGGCGAGGGCACAGCCCCGCCUCUGCCAUCACAAGGAAAAGGUCUGUCCCCACUGGCUGUUCCCGCUUUGCAAAGAGCAAAAGGCUACAAGUUGCUAGAGGAGGAAAAGGUUCCACCUGUAACUCACCUCUACCCUCUGGCUGAGGUAGGCAUGGAGGCUGGCAGAGGGACUCCACCCUUCCAGACACUGGAGGAGAAGGUGGAGGAGGUACUGCCCAUGGAGGACAUCUCUAAGGUGUACGAUGAGACUCUGCCUUCCUACAGUCAAACAACGGGGACAGGGGAAGUGACGUUACAUGAAGAAGAGGUUGAGGAGGUGCCGCCACCAGAGGUGGAAGCAGAGAGAAUAGAGGAAGGUCUAGAUGAGGAUGCGGAGGUAGAGGAAGCAGAAAACGAGGAGAUGGAAACCCCUGCUGAGGCAGAGGUGGAGGCAACGGAUACGAUAGAAGACACCAGACCAUUGAGUCGACUGAGCAAAGCAAGCAGCAGGGCCAGGUCUUUCACUCUGAGUCACCUGUUACAUCAGCACGAAUAACGUAUUCAUUAAGCAGAUUUUGGCCGUAUUUGCAGAACUUAUAGUGUUGAUAUUGUCAAGGCUGGGAUGAGAACAAGUACUUCUCACGUAGAAAGGCAACUGCUGUCCCCCAUGUACACCCUACCCUCCUCCUGCUCACUAUUAUCUGCACAUCUUUAUGAUUCAAUGCUGGAACAAGUUAAAAGUGCUCAACACUGUUAUGCUCCAAGGAUGACACUGGGUCUUUUUUACAUUAAUAUGGCUGGUAACGUAUGAUUUUUUUUGUACUUUGAAACUGUUGCAUUACCUAUAUGUUUGUAAGAAGACACAAUGAUUAAUAUUUGGGGGGAAAAAUAAUUUUUACUAACUUGUAGUCUUCUCUGAUGAUAGAUUCUUUUGAAAUGUGAAUAAAUACAAUAAAAAGUCCCACGUGGUCAUGAUGAGUUGUUCUGCACAAACACACUAAGUCAUAUGGUAACAAUGUGCAAAUUUUCUGUAAUAAUGUUGGACGUAUAUGACAGAAGGUCUGAAAUGGUUCUGGUUUUUUCUCCGUGUGCCAGAAUGAACAUAUCAACUCCAGAAAACAAAGCAAAAUUUCUGUAAAGCUG